CUCCUUUAAGCGUCCACUGGCUGCCGAGCGGCCGCAGUCUCAGCUCUGGGCAUCUGGGGAGCCCGAGCAGCUUCGCCCAGGGAUCCGCGCGGGCGCCUGCGGUCUGGGUCCCAUCUCGGCUGUGCUAUCGCACCCUUGAAGUUUUGCAGCACCAGGAAAAUAGGACAAGGAAGAAGGAGAGGGGAAGCGAAAGCAUAACCUAAAACAUUUAUUUAAAGGAGAAAAGAAGUGUGUGGGGGGGCGCAGAAAUGGCUGGGGCAAUUAUAGAAAACAUGAGCACCAAGAAGCUCUGCAUUGUUGGAGGAAUUCUGCUGGUUUUUCAAAUCGUUGCCUUUCUGGUGGGAGGCUUGAUCGCUCCAGCACCCACGACAGCAGUGCCCUACAUGUCAAUAAAAUGUGUGGAUGUCCGUAAGAACCACCAUAAGACAAGAUGGCUGGUGCCUUGGGGACCCAACAAGUGUGACAAGAUCCGAGACAUCGAGGAAGCAAUUCCAAGGGAAAUUGAAGCCAAUGACAUUGUGUUUUCUGUGCACAUUCCCCUCCCUUCUAUGGAGAUGAGCCCAUGGUUCCAGUUUAUGCUGUUUAUCCUGCAGCUAGACAUUGCUUUCAAGCUGAACAACCAAAUCAGAGAAAAUGCAGAAGUUUCCAUGGAUGUUUCCCUGGGUUACCGUGAUGAUAUGUUUUCUGAAUGGACUGAAAUGGCCCAUGAAAGAGUACCACGUAAACUCAAGUGUACUUUUACAUCCCCCAAGACUCUAGAGCAUGAAGGUCGUUAUUAUGAAUGUGAUGUCCUUCCUUUCAUGGAGAUUGGGUCAGUGGCUCAUAAGUAUUACCUUCUAAAUAUCCGGCUACCAGUAAAUGAGAAGAAGAAAAUCAAUGUUGGGAUUGGGGAGAUAAAGGAUAUUCGGUUGGUGGGAAUCCAUCAAAAUGGAGGCUUCACUAAGGUGUGGUUUGCUAUGAAAACCUUCCUCACACCCAGCAUCUUCAUCAUUAUGGUGUGGUAUUGGAGGAGGAUCACCAUGAUGUCAAGACCCCCAGUGCUCCUGGAAAAAGUCAUCUUUGCCCUUGGGAUUUCCAUGACCUUUAUCAAUAUCCCUGUGGAAUGGUUUUCCAUCGGAUUUGAUUGGACCUGGAUGCUGUUAUUUGGUGACAUCCGACAGGGCAUCUUCUAUGCAAUGCUUCUUUCCUUCUGGAUCAUCUUCUGUGGCGAGCACAUGAUGGAUCAGCAUGAGCGGAAUCACAUUGCAGGGUAUUGGAAGCAAGUUGGACCAAUUGCUGUUGGCUCUUUCUGCCUCUUCAUAUUUGACAUGUGUGAGAGAGGAGUGCAACUUACAAAUCCUUUCUACAGUAUCUGGACUACAGAUGUUGGAACAGAGCUGGCUAUGGCUUUCAUCAUUGUGGCAGGGAUCUGCCUCUGCCUCUAUUUUCUGUUUCUGUGCUUCAUGGUAUUUCAGGUUUUUCGAAACAUCAGUGGGAAGCAGUCUAGUCUCCCAGCCAUGAGCAAAGUCCGGAGGCUGCAUUAUGAGGGUCUGAUUUUCAGGUUCAAGUUCCUCAUGCUUAUCACUUUGGCCUGUGCUGCCAUGACUGUUAUCUUCUUCAUCGUUAGUCAGGUGACAGAAGGCCAUUGGAAAUGGGGUGGUGUCACAGUUCAAGUGAACAGCGCUUUCUUCACUGGCAUCUAUGGAAUGUGGAACCUGUAUGUCUUUGCUUUGAUGUUCUUGUAUGCACCAUCUCAUAAGAACUAUGGGGAAGACCAGUCUAAUGGUGACCUGGGUAUCCACAGCGGGGAAGAACUGCAGCUCACCACCACAAUCACCCAUGUGGAUGGACCAACUGAGAUCUACAAGUUGACCCGUAAAGAAGCACAGGAAUAGGAUGCUACAGUACUGCAUUCGGCUGAAAUUGUCUCUCUAUCCAGCCCCUUCCCUAGAGUGGGAAGCGUACUAUAUACAGAGCUUAGUGAAAAGUGACUGCCUAGUGCUUCUUAGGUAUGUUUUCUUAGACCAGUGGAUGGACAUUUGUCAGAUAACUUCCUACAGUGGCUUUUACAAGACUGCCACUAAUAUAUCGUGUAUGAUAACUGGUAUGACACAUUUUCUGUGAUCAUUGUUAAUUGGCGACAUAGCAACAUCUGUAGCAGGUGGGUUAGUAACCCUCACAUGGAGGGGUAUACUCCUUGGGAUGGUUUUGGCCAAUGGGGUCUGUAUUGAGUAGAUUAUGACUUUUUUUCCUGUUUUAGAUUCUGGGAUAUGUUUAAACAUUGUUUGUAGUCCAACAUUUGUUUAUGUCAUAGCCUUUUCACCCUCCUCCAUGGGCACUUUCUUUUUCCUAUUUAUAUCACCAAGUAGCCAACUGAGUUAUUAUUUAAGUUGUCAGUGUAAAUCUGUCCAUUUUUUAGUGGCUUACUACAAAAUAACCAAAUUUCAUAAGGAAUUCUAUCCUGCCAGAGGUAUUUCAGCUUUGAAACCAAAUCUGUGUAUCUGAUACUAAUAUGUCUGUUAGAUGUGGAUUUUGAGAAAUAUUUGCUAAACUACCCAAGUAGGAUUUCUGCUAUUAAAUGGCCUUUGGGUCCUAAAAGCUUUUUUUUAA